AGCAUCUUUCCUGUUGUUGUAAGGCAUUUGACAUCAGUGUUAUGUUCCAUCAAGCUGGCAACAACAGACCAGCCCAUAAUAUUGGACGACAUCAUGGCCAAUGGUCAGUUCUGGGUCAGUUCAGAGGGGACAUUCCUGAGAGCUCUCCAAUACGGGGUCAAGCAUUACGUCCAUCUCAGUUUCAAGCUCAAGCUAAGACGACGACCAGCGUACCUGGCUAUGACGUAUGUAAAACAUGAUCAAACUAAAUCGGGUCACUCUGAUGGUGUGGUCAUUGGGGAGGACGGGGUGUGUGUUCUCUUCACAAUUAAACAAAGUUCGCGUACGGCAUGAACCAGUUUUUUUCCAGAGUCACAACAGGAAAAUCAUAAAGUCUCAGCACAAAGUCGCAACAACAAAAUGACAACGUCUCUGCUUUUACAUAUCCUACAUGCUAAUAUGAUGCAUUUAAUUUUCUUUACACGUUUAAAAAAAUUCAGAUUGAAUUCAUCAAAUUCCAUGCCUGAUCCCGUGGUCACCAAUAUAUAACUUGUGAUUUCAGUGCUAAUGAAUCUAUUAAACUAUUAUUACAGAUUGACUUUGAAGCUAUUUAAAAUAAUUUUGAAUAGCGUGGCUACAAAAUCACCACAAGCGAGCGUGCCUUACUCAGAUAAUCAGGAUCACAAGAUACAGGAAGUUAUAUGACAAAGACAAAAAUACCUCAGUGAAUUGUUAUUGUUAAGGAAUUGUGGUGGCCUUUUAGAAAUCUCAUCCAAGCAAAACCCAUAGUUGAGAAUGUAUUUGCAUCUUAAAUAUCAAAGUUUUGUUGACCUCUAUUCGCAACAUAUUCUAAAUUUAGAACACAUUGGCAAAGAUUUUUUCGUCCCCCGCCAAACACAAAACAUUAUUUCAAUCUAAUUAUUUUCCUACCGGUCCCCCCCUCUCCCCGCCGUCAGCCUCCUGACCCCGGUGACGCUCCUGGCUGUUUUGUGCGUCGUUUCGUUCUUCUUAUCACCAGAGGAGCCGGAGAAGGUGUCAGUGGCCAUCACAGUUCUGUUGUCUUUCACGGUGUUUCUUGGCGUCAUCGACACCGGCUUGCCGGAGACUUCGGACAACAUGUGCUUAAUUGGUGAGUAGCCUGUCACUGAUUAAGAGCUGCCUGGUAUCGUUGUCGGUGUGAGCAGUAUUUAGAUUCCUUUUAAAGUUUCUUUCAAUUCUCAAGCUAAGUUAGUGAAACUACAAUUUUAACUUAAGAAGGCUUUUGUUUUUAUUUUGGUAAUGCUCUUAUUGUAAGUUAUUGAAUUACACAAUAAAUGUUUUUGUUUUUAUACAUAUAUAUAUAUUUAUAUUUAUAAAUACAUUGUCGUAUUUCCAGUUGUAUACGUGGACUCGUUACUUCUGCUGUCCUUCCUGUGUGUGGCCGGGAAUGCGAUGGUGAUCGUCAUCCACAGACGAGAUCUUAAAUCCCGUGACCUAAAUCAGGUCCCCAAACAUUCGAACGUGACGUCAGCUUUCCCAAGACACCAGGCGCUGGCCAUCACGGACAAGUCCAAACACUUUCUUACCGCCAGCAACGACCUGAAGAACCUGAUCUUCAACAUUAAUUACAGUGAUUCCAAGGGAGCCGCUGCUGCACCAGGCGCCUCCAAUACUGAGACGCCCACGAGAGCUGAAAAGCUCAAUCGCUUUUUUCUCAUGGUUAACAUAUUUGCAUUGCUAGCUAUA